AUGGAGCCCCCGCGCCAACAUUCUACAGAAUGGGAGAGCAGUCUCUGCAACUGCUCACCCUGCUCCUCUUGCCUCCUCGCCUGCUUUCUGCCAUGCAUCCUCUUUGGCAAAACGGCGGAUCGCAUGAAGGAUCCGACCAUGGAGACAAGCGAGGCGAUCAAUGGCGAAUGCCUUGUCUUUGGCGCCAUUCACUGCUUCACCGGCUGCGGGUGGAUCUAUAACCUCCUCCAGCGUAGCGAGAUACGAGAAAAAUAUGGCAUCCAGGGUAGCGGCUUGGGCGACUGCUGCACAAGCUACUGGUGCCUCUGUUGCGCACUCAUCCAGCAGGACAACGAGGUCAAGCGCAGGGCCAUACCCGCCGGUCCCAUCACCCAGGGGUACCAGAGCCAGAAGGAGGGCAUGCAAAUGCCCGCGCCGGCUUAUGUCCAGCCGCCGCAGCACGAUAUGGAGCAGGGCAUCCAGCAGGCCUACCCCGCGGGGCAGCAGCCGAUGCACUACCCCCCAGGUGUGCAAGGCCAGGAGAAGCAGUAG